AUUUUAGAUAUAUCAGUUUCUCCGUUAAGUCCUUCGUGUGUGCUUAUAAAUAAAAUACGACGCAUUUAUUGAAUCGAAAAUAUCCUUCAAAUAAUGUAAUAUUGUAGUGAUCCUUAUAUGAUUAAAAAAAAGUGCUGAUGAACAUAUACUUUCAGUCAAACUCUUCAUUUAUAUAAGGAUCAUGUGCAUACAAGGAAACAUAGUUUACGCAAAACUUACAAACACUAAGAGUUGAUAUUAUUUUAAAAUUUAUUAUUAAAUGCAUAUUUACAUGAGUUAAGUGUGGUAUAGACAAAUGUAUCAUUGCAAGUAAAGAAGUUUCAACUAUUAUUGAGGAGCAUAUAGCAAGGAUAUCUAGAGAGAAAAGUAUACCCGACACCAUUUAUUGUAAAUCGCCAACACCAAUAAAACCAUGAUCGAUCCCAGUUCAAGUGAGGAGGAAGGUGAUGACGAUCCCGUGGUAGUUGCACCACCGAAGGGUCGUCAAGUUGCAGCAUCAUCUUCUACUUCAGCUUCCAAACCUAAUGCUAAUGCCACCACAAAUUCUGAUGCGAACUUUUCCAGUUCUAAACACAAUGGUGAUCACUUUCAAACCUCUACGCAUAAAUCGUUUGGAGGUACUGCUGCCGCCGCUGCUAAUGCACUCGAAGGCGGUGUGGCUAGUGGGAACAGCAAGUUAGAGCAUGGGACCCAUAUGAUGAUCAGUGGUGAUACAUCAGGAAAUUUAGAAGUACCAAACAGUGCCAUACCAAGCGGUAUAUCACAAGAGACGCUAAACCAAAGUGUUGGCUCAUCACGUGCAAAUUCUCUACCUCGACCGAUAUCGCCGUCACCGUCCGUUGUGAGCGAUAAAAAUGAUGGAGACGUACAUGAAAAACAUGAACGUGAAGAGGAGGAUCGUAAGCGACGUAUACAAUUAUAUGUUUUCGUUUCACGUUGUAUAUCGUAUCCAUUCAAUGCCAAACAGCCGACUGACAUGACCAAGAGGCAGCCUAAAAUUGCAAAGCAACAAUUGGAGACAAUUACCCAGCGCUUUCAAGCUUUUCUAAAGGGCGAGACGCAAAUAAUGGCUGAUGAAGCCUUUCAAAAUGCUGUACAAAGUUAUCAUGAUGUUUUCUUGAAAUCAGAGCGUGUACAAAAAAUGGUGCAAUCGGGCGCGUGUUCUCAGCAUGAUUUUCGUGAGGUUUUCCGAAAUAACAUCGAGAAGCGCGUAAGGUCUUUACCUGAAAUCGACGGUCUGAGCAAGGAGACGGUGCUUACUUCGUGGAUGGCCAAGUUCGAUAUCAUACUUAAAGGCAGUGGAGAAGAAGACUCCAAACGUCCUUCAAGAAUGCAACAAUCACUUAACAGCGAACUGAUUUUGUCGAAGGAACAGUUAUAUGAUAUGUUUCAACAGAUAUUGAGUGUUAAGAAAUUCGAACAUCAAAUUCUCUUCAACGCGUUAAUGCUGGAUUCAGCCGAUGAGCAAGCAGCUGCAAUCCGUCGUGAGCUAGACGGCCGAAUGCAGCGAGUCAGCGAAAUGGAAAAGAACCGUAAACUAAUGCCAAAGUUUGUGCUUAAAGAGAUGGAGUCUCUUUAUAUUGAAGAGUUAAAAUCAUCUAUAAACUUGCUGAUGGCAAAUUUAGAAUCCUUACCUGUAUCCAAAGGAAAUAUGGAUAGCAAAUAUGGUUUACAAAAACUCAAGCGCUACAAUCAUAGGUACAUAUUUCUCACUCCAUCAUUUCUUAGGAAGAUGAUAUUGCGUUCACAUGGCUCACUAUCGAAAUUGGAAGGUGACGCAGAUGAGGGCAUAACGCAACUAACGAAACUGGAUGUAGUGCUUACAUUUCAACUGGAAGUUAUCGUUAUGGAAGUUAAAGGUCUCAAAUCUUUGGCGCCCAAUCGAAUUGUAUAUUGCACCAUGGAAGUAGAAAAUGGUGAGAAACUACAAACCGAUCAGGCAGAGGCUUCAAAACCAAUGUGGGAUACACAAGGUGACUUUACAACGACGCACCCCUUACCAGUAGUUAAAGUAAAGCUAUAUACAGAAAACCCUGGCAUGCUGGCAUUAGAAGACAAGGAACUGGGCAAGGUAACAAUAAAACCAACACCGCUUUCAUCGAAGUCUCCCGAAUGGCAUCGAAUGGUAGUCCCUAAGAAUCUUCCAGAUCAAGACCUUCGAAUUAAGAUUGCUUGUCGGUUGGACAAACCACUCAAUAUGAAGCACUGUGGUUACCUUCAUGCUAUUGGUAAAUCCGUAUGGAAGAAGUGGAAGAAACGUUACUUCGUGUUAGUUCAGGUGUCCCAGUACACAUUCGCAAUGUGUAGCUAUAAAGAGAAGAAGUCUGAGCCAUCGGAAAUGAUGCAAUUGGAUGGAUAUACUGUUGAUUACAUAGAAGCAGCGAGCGCCAACUUAAUGUUUGGCAUCGAUUUGAAUGGCGGCCGCUUUUUUUUCAAUGCAGUUCGAGAAGGAGAUAGUAUUGCAUUUGCUUGCGAAGACGAGAAUGAAUGUAGUCUCUGGGUGAUGGCUAUGUAUAGGGCUACGGGACAAUCGCACAAACCCACACCACCAGUAACCCAGGAUAAAAACUCGGCGAUAUCAAAAAUUCAAGGCGAUGCCGACAAAGCUCGAAAACAUGGCAUGGAAGAUUAUAUAAGUGCAGAUCCUUGCUCAUUCGAUCACGCUGCGCUCUUCAAAGUACUACAAAAUCUUACGCUCGAGUAUCGCCUUAAUGAUCCAUAUGCGUCAUUGGGUUGGUUCAGCCCGGGCCAAGUCUUCGUACUCGACGAAUAUUGUGCGCGGUAUGGCGUGCGAGGUUGCUACAGACAUCUCUGCUAUUUAUCAGAUUUGUUGGACCGAGCAGAAAAGCAGUACAUGAUUGACCCCACGUUGAUACAUUACUCGUUUGCGUUUUGCGCCAGCCACGUACACGGAAAUAGGCCCGAUGGCGUAGGCAGUAUAACGCACGAGGAAAAGGAAAAGUUUGCUGAAAUUAAAGAGCGUCUUCGGAUACUACUUGAGUAUCAAAUAACAAAUUUUCGCUUUUGUUUUCCAUUUGGACGUCCGGAAGGGGCUCUAAAAGCUACAUUGUCGCUCUUAGAACGUGUGCUCAUGAAGGAUAUUGUUACACCCGUACCACCGGAAGAAGUGCGUAUGAUGAUCAAAAAAAGUUUAGAGACCGCGGCACUCGUAAAUUAUACACGACUAUCUUCGGAAGCGAGAAUUGAAGAGGAUCUCCGUGGCGAAAUCAUUGUACCAGCAGCGAAGAAACUCGAAGACCUCAUUCAUCUGGCCGAGCUUUGCGUCGAUCUGCUGCAACAAAAUGAAGAGCACUAUGCCGAGCUACGAAAGCAUGACAAAAAGAAUAAGGAAAAAAAGGAAGGCCAAAGCACAAAAGAGGAAACAGGCGAAGCACCCACAUUAGGUGUUGGAGCCCAAGGUACGAGCGGGCAAGGAGCGUCUGCCGCCAUGGGUAGCGGCAGCAACGAUAGUGAUGCUGGGAAACCGGAAUCGGGAGCUCCCGGAGCCGAUGGAGCAACAGCGUUUCGAUACUGCAUGCCAACACAUGCAGUAUACACCUCACCAGUACCAACGGCAUUCGCAUGGUUCAGCGACUUGUUGGUGGAGCAUGCCGAAAUUUUCUGGUCGCUCUUCGCCGUGGACAUGGACAGGGUACUUACCGAGCAGUCUCCAGACACUUGGGACUCAUUUCCUUUAUUUCAAAUACUUAACGACUAUUUACGUGCAGACGACAAUUUGCGAAAUGGGCGCUUCCAUCAACAUUUGCGUGAUACGUUCGCACCGUUAGUUGUACGUUACGUCGACCUCAUGGAGUCAUCAAUUGCUCAAUCCAUACAUAAGGGCUUCGAAAAGGAACGCUGGGAUAGUAAAGGGAUUAAUGCAGCCUUAAAUCCAGCGACAUUAAAUAACGCGGCGCAGGCUUUAAAUACCGCAGCCCUUAACCCGGCGGCGCUGCUUGGGGGCAAAAAAGAUCAGGUCAAUUUCUAUAUACCAAAGCUACCAAGGCGUUCUGUUAAUGCUAACGAAGACACGAGAAAUGGUUGUGCCACAUCCGAGGAUCUCUUUUGGAAAUUAGAUGCCUUACAGUCAUUCAUCCGUGAUCUCCAUUGGCCCGAUGCAGAGUUUCGUCAACAUUUGGAGCAACGCCUAAAAAUGAUGGCAACUGAAAUGAUUGAACAAUGCAUCCAGCGUACGGAUUCAUCAUUUCAGUCGUGGCUAAAGAAAAAUGUGGCCUUCAUUUCAACCGACUAUAUAAUACCUUCGGAGAUGUGCGCAAUGGUUAAUGUGAUAUUAGAUGCUAAAAAUCAAAGCUUUAAAUUAACUACAAUAGAUGGUAUUGAUUUGUACAAAUUUCAUGCAAAGAUUGAUGACCAAAUCGAUAAAGCGAAUGUAGCCAUGACACAAGGCCUGAUUAGUAAACUUAUGUCUGUGCUAGAGUCGACUUUGUCGAAACUGGCACGGUACGACGAAGGCAGCCUUAUUGGUUCCAUACUCAGCUUUACAAACGUGUCCAGCUCAGGGAAGGAUCUCGGCCAAGGUUAUGUAAAUUUCUUUCGUAACAACAUGGAUCAAAUACGUGGUAAAAUCGGUGACGAUUUGUGGACACUAAACUUUUUCGAACAGUGGUAUACACAGCAGAUUAAUAUGCUUUGUAAUUGGCUCUCCGAGAGGCUAGAUCAUGCUCUCCACUAUGCUCAAGUGACGUCCAUAUCACAUAUAACAAAGAAAAUUUAUUCCGAUUUCGAGCUUCAAGGCGUUUUAGAGGAUAAACUCAAUUCCAAAGCAUAUCAAACUGUUGCCCAACGCAUGGCCACUGAGGAGGCGACGUGCGCGUUAACCAUGCCCGAUGUCGUCGAGUGUGAUGACAACGGGGAAGCACUCAAAGGCGAAGGUGGUGAUGAAGAUGGCGCCGGUGAAGAAGGUGGUGGUGCUUCGCGUGGUUUACCCAAACCGAAAAUUGCCGCCGCGCAAGCAGCGGCCGUAACUAAUGUUGUGGCUGGUCGGGUUGGCAAUUUAUUAGGAAAGGGUAUUGGUGGACUUAGCUCAAAGUUGGGAGGUGGCAGCUGGUUUUAGAGCCAACACUGCGUAAUGCAUUGAUAUUAAAGUGUUUAAAAGCGCCACAAUAAUUGUUGAUAUUACAGUGGUUACACAGCAUGCAACCAAAUAACAAAUCCACAACAUAAGAUUUUACGUACAUGUAUAUGCCUGUAAUUGUGUACUUGCACGUAUAUGUAAUCUAUAUAAAAAAUAUCUAUAAAUACGAAUUAUAUAAACCUAAAUAAUACCUACGUUUCUACAAUAGUUAACCAUAAAAAAUGUUUGCUAAACCGUAUGACUACUCAUGAAAAUAAAGUUUAAUUCAAUAAUUAAAGUCAGUUAAAAAACAUUUUCUUCCUUUUUCGGCAUACCAUUUAAUAAAAAACGAGCGAAAAGUUAAAAUAUUGUUACUUUAGUAGCUAAGGCGCAUAUAAAUAUUUAUACUAAUAUACUAAAUAUGUAUUUAAAUAUACAUACAUUCACAUAUAUACAUAUUUAAAACCAAGCGUCUCACUGACAUAUUGCAUCGAUUUCUCGAUAUAGGGGAUUUCUUUUCAAUAUUAACAGCAACAUUUGUGCUAUAUAUAAUUAUUAUAUAAUUCCAUUCCGAUGCAUAUACAUACUUAUAUGCAUGCAUUAUAUUCAAAUAUAUUGUGAACGUUAUCUAAAAUUAGGCGAGAGUAUAGAAAAUAUUAUUAUAAAAUUUUACAUAAACAAAUUAAUUUAAAUAUAAAUAAUAAUAAACUGCAACUCAUUUAUCGCGAGAAUCUUGCGGAAAUGUUCUUAAUAGAUAAAAACAAAAACAAGGCAAUAUACUCACCUUGAUACUCUGAGCCAAGUCCAUGCAAUAUAAACGACAAACAUAUAACAAAAUCUUCAAUACGAUACACAGUAACACUAAAACGCAUUUCAAUAACAGCUUAGUACAUGCAUACAUAUGUACACAUGUAUAUAUAGCGUGAGUUAAAUUUUACUGAUCAAGAACAACACCACGAAUAAUAUUGCUACAAGACCAUCAACACAACCAGCGUUCCAAUAAUAACCGAAAUCCAGCAGAAAAAUAAUAAUAAUAAAAAAAAACAAUUAAAAUGUUCAAUAUACAAUUUUUCAUGUUAUUGUGCAUACAGUAGUUUCCCCGAUAUAAAGCGCAUUUUAUUCAACGAAAAGCACAAAUAACGAAUAAAAUUACCAUAUAUUUAUUUUAACAUAAAUUAUUAUUAAUUUUAAAUUUUACGUUUGAGUUUUUGGCAGAAGCAAAUUAUUUGAGUAAAGUUUUUUAUUUUAAUUUCAUUUUUUCAUUUAUUUAUUAUUUUAUUUUGUUUUUAUUAUUACAUUGCAACUAGUUCAUUCAUAUAUACAAAAGAAAGACUAACAAGCAACUAUUUGAGUAAAGUUUAACAAAAAAGUUCAAUUUGAAGUAACAAAUUUUCGCAUUUUAAAUUAUUUUUAAUAUCGUAUUAUAUUUUUAUUUAUUAUUAUGGAAUUUAUAAUAUUAUUUUUUAUUAUAAGAGUGACUAGAAAGGUCACUAGCAAUUAGUUAAGGGGCAUAUUAGAUUACACUGUUUCCGCUUAUAUAUGAACCUGUUUUUUACUCGGAAAACUACUGUAUGAUUAUCUUCUUUUGUGCAUACAUAUAUUGUUAGAUACAAAUUUUUAAAUUAUAUAGUAUAUCUAAAGGAAGAUUUGUGUGUAUGAUAUGUGCAGUGAAAUAUUUUCAACCAAAUCAAAACAGUUUGCCAGUUAUUACCCCAAAUAUGUGCAAAAAUUUGUAUCUUAUAUCCUGACUGUAAAAUUUUUGUUUACCGCUGCUUUACAACCUAUUACGAUUUGUUAUAUAUGUAUAGUUGCAAGGAAUUGUAUAGAGAAAAUCAAUAAAUCAACACAUAUGAGCACAGAAGACGAAUUAAUUUACAUACAGUACUGUAUUUAUGUAUGUUGUAUAUACAUAUAUAACGGCAUGUUCGAAAUACGUACAUACAGUUAACUCACGGUAACUUCAAUGCAUCUAAAUUGGACCAACAGCUAAUACUUCACACAUUAUACAUGAAUACAAAAAGAAAUACCACCGCAAAGGUACUAAAUAUUGAGUGAAAUGGAAAGUAAUAAAAAUGUAUUUAAUUUCAUAAAAAAUGCAUCACACAUUGAUAAUUACAAAAAAUGUGCGAACUUGGUUAUCAAUGAGUUCAAUUUAUCGUGAGUGUGCUGUGUAUGUACAAACAAUGUAUAUGAGAUAUGUACUGCUGUACAUACAUAUGUACAUAUAUGCAUCUGUGGAGUUAGAACAAUUGUUUAGCAAAUAAAGCAAUCAAACAAAAAGCACCAAAAACACCAAAAAAUAUAUGGAAUCGAAUUAUUGUAAUUUAAUUAUAUCAAGUAGUGAUUAUAAUUAUAAUAAAUAUUACUAUAUACCGCAUUGAAACUGCAUGUACAUUACAUAUAUAUAUACCUUUACGAUUAAGUCUACAAAUGUACGUAAAUAUAUGAUAAUAAUAUGCAGGCGCAUGUAUACGCAAACACAUACAUAUGUACAUAUGUAUAUAAAAUAUAUUUGGUAGCAUAUAUAUAACCUAAACCUACAUACAUACAUAUAUGAGUAUACAUACAUGUACCAUGUAUGUAGAUUGUACAUAAGCACUUUAAAGCUUCUUUACCAUACGUGCUAUUCGUACUUGGAGGACGGUCAUGCAUACCAUGUAAUGCGUGGUUUUACCUACAUAUACAUAUGUAUGUGCAUGCAUGAAUGUAUAAAUUGCGCAUAUUCCAUUUUCACACCAAUAAUAAAGCGUUUAAUUCAUGCAACCUA